AUGUUGUUGCCAGGGAACUUGGUAUCAUAUAAAUCUAUUGAUACAGUUUGCGACGACAGCGAAGCAGUAAAUUUUCCCACAGAGUUUUUGAACUCACUGGAUUUACCAGGCAUGCCACCGCAUAAUUUACAAUUAAAGGUUGGAUCUGCGAUUAUCUUGCUUCGUAAUUUGAACCCACCCCGGCUGUACAACGGUACGCGAUUAGUCAUUCAAAAAUUAAUGAAAAACGUGAUCGAAGCCAGCAUUUUAAAUGGCAAGUUCCAAGGUGAAAAUAUAUUAAUACCACGGAUUCCUAUUAUAUCUACAAAUGUGCCAAUUCAAUUCAAACGUAUUCAGUUUCCGAUUAGAUUGGCAUUUGCAAUGACAAUCAACAAAUCCCAAGGUCAAACGAUGUUUAUUUGUGGCUUAGAUUUGAAAACACCAUGUUUUUCACACGGACAAUUACGGACAUACGUGACAUGCUCUCGAGUGGGUAAACCAUCCAGUUUGUUUGUGUUAGCUAAAGAUGGACUAACAAAAAAUAUUGUUCAUGCUAUAGCAUUAAAAGAUUGA